UCGUUGAAAGCGUCACGAUGCACCCGUCGGCGUCGGGACUUGUCCGGGCAUGGCUGCUUUCGGCGCUCGUUGUGCACGUUGCCGUUGCUGGCAAUCCUGACGCUAAAAGACUUUAUGAUGACCUCUUAUCUAAUUACAACAAACUUGUUAGGCCCGUUGUUAAUACUUCGGAUGUUCUGCGUGUGUGUAUCAAGCUCAAACUCAGUCAGCUAAUUGACGUGAAUUUGAAGAAUCAAAUUAUGACAACUAACUUGUGGGUAGAACAGUCAUGGUACGACUACAAAUUACGAUGGGAACCCAAGGAAUAUGGUGGUGUUCAAAUGCUACACGUUCCAUCGGAUCAUAUUUGGCGACCAGAUAUAGUACUAUAUAACAACGCGGAUGGCAAUUUCGAAGUGACCUUAGCUACCAAGGCCACCAUCUAUCACCAAGGUCUCGUUGAGUGGAAACCGCCCGCUAUUUACAAGAGCUCUUGUGAGAUUGAUGUGGAAUAUUUUCCUUUUGACGAGCAGACUUGCGUACUAAAAUUUGGUAGCUGGACAUAUGACGGUUUUAUGGUUGAUUUGAGGCAUAUGGAUGAGAAAAUUGGAAGCAAUACCGUAGACGUAGGGGUGGAUUUAUCAGAGUUCUAUAUGAGUGUUGAAUGGGAUAUACUCGAAGUACCAGCUGUAAGGAAUGAGAAAUUCUACACAUGCUGUGAUGAGCCAUAUCUAGAUAUAACUUUUAACAUAACAAUGAGAAGGAAAACUCUUUUCUAUACAGUGAACAUCAUAAUUCCGUGUAUGGGCAUUUCUUUUCUAACGGUUCUCACAUUUUAUCUACCAUCAGAUAGCGGCGAAAAGGUGACGUUGUCAAUAUCUAUCCUCAUUAGUCUCCACGUUUUCUUUCUUUUGGUUGUUGAGAUUAUUCCUCCCACAUCAUUAGUCGUACCGCUUUUAGGAAAGUACUUGAUUUUUGCUAUGAUAUUAGUAUCAAUAAGUAUAUGCGUUACAGUAGUAGUUCUUAACGUCCAUUUUCGGUCUCCCCAAACGCACAAAAUGUCGCCGUGGGUGAAAAGGGUGUUUAUCCAUAUUCUUCCUAGACUUCUCGUUAUGAAACGACCGACUUAUAUUUUCGAAACAAGGAGUAAGUUCCUAUCUAGUCGAUUUAUUUCGAGAAGUCGGCAAUAUUCAACUUGCCUUUAUCCAUACCGGACAACAGUCCAAAGGGAAGAUAGUCCGAAAAAAAGAUACUUGACAAGUAGUAGGACACCCAGUAAGGAGGACUUAUCUCCAAGGUUGACUGACGGCGCUACAUUUGGCGGCAGCUGUCAAAUUCACGGACCGUUAAGCAGCACUUUGCCCUUAACAGAUAUAGAAGAUGAAAGUGGCCUUAAAAGUCCAAUAUUACAUAAUCCUGCCUACUCACACAGCAGGUGUCCUCCUGAAAUUCAUAAGUCAUGUUUCUGCGUACGAUUUAUUGCAGAACAUACCAAAAUGUUGGAAGAUUCUACGAAAGUAAAAGAAGAUUGGAAAUACGUAGCAAUGGUAUUGGAUCGAUUGUUUCUUUGGAUAUUUACAUUGGCGGUACUUGUAGGUACGGCGGGUAUCAUUCUACAAGCUCCGACUUUAUAUGAUGAUCGGCAGCCUAUAGAUAAGAAAUUUUCUGAAUUUGCCACCACGACGGUUGUUCGAUGUCCGCCUCAAAUUUGAAAAGACAUUUGAAUAUUUGAAAUAAUAAGUUUUAAAUAUUCAGUUAUCGUUUGAUCUAGUGAAUGAAUGUUCAUACACAUUUACUUCCUAUUUUAUGAAUUUUUCAUUAAAUCGUGUGAAUUUGGAACAAAUUUUUGAAGCGAAACUGGAUAAAUUAAUCGCGUUUAGCAAAAUACAUAUUUCACUGGAUCAAACUGAAAUAUCCGAAGUACUGUUAUGUAAAUAAAAUCCGUUUAUAUGCCGUUUAAACGAAUUUAGCUUUUUGAGAACUAUUUUACAAGUUAAAACAAGAGAUACUCACUGUUUCAAUAAAAGUGAAUAUUUUAAAAAGAAAA